AUGUCUAGAUCAUUAUCCAUAUCAAAUGCAGACUUGGCCACACAGGAUGCAAAAAAUAAAUCGAGCAGUGGUGUGAGGAGUGCGCUGGUUAGUUCGAGUUUCUUUAAUAGUACCAGAGCAAAUGAGGCCAGCGGAGUCAAUACCGACACUGAGUUGAACGCAAACAUUGAUAUUGUUGGAGCCAUCAAUAAUUUAAAGUUGGAUGAGGAAGAUGAAUCAGAGGAGGAAGAGAAGGAUACAGGUUUGGACCGAGUAGGUAGCCAUAGCCAGUCAACUCAUGACAAAAAUACUAGUGCUUCUGUUGAAGGGACCAAUUUUGGGUUCCCCGUGUAUCCUCCUCAUCCCCCAAACCCAUACUACUUUCCACCAUAUCAAGGUUCAGUUACACCUCAACAGCAAUUGAAAGUAAACAAUGGAGUUCAACCACCUGUAACUUAUUCUUCUGGAUGGAAUGGCCACCCUGGUGGGUUUGAUAGCCAAUUCAAUGGGUUGUCCCAUCAGGGAUAUGCCCCUGUUUCUGAGCCACCGUUAAAUCAGAAUCGCGAUGAGACUAACGUGCCCUUUAUAAAGCCACUUGAACUUCCUGACUCCAAAGAAGAUGCCCAAAGUAAACUACUGAAUGGAUUGAGCUUAUCUCAAGGCGAAACUAGAACUGUCACCAGUAACGAACAAGAACCAAAUGGGAAUAUAUCUGACAAAAACGACGAUUCCAGAAAGCCUUUUGACCAUACUCAAUCAACUGGUGCUGUUGCUCCGCAACAUGUCAAUUUAUCACAAACUCCACCUUUCAACCCAUUUUCUCCCAUGUCAAUGACUCAUCCAAUCGGACCUGGUGUACCUCCAGGGGUUCCAUCACCAAUGAUGCCAUACAAUUACCCACCACCACAUCAACCAACUUCUCGUGAAUUCAAUAACUUCAAUAUGAAGUUGGGUACAAACGCACCAUUACCACACCCACCAGCUCACUUCAAUCCAGGACCAAGUCCACCAAAUACGGCCAUUCCAAGUGGCGGCUCAGUAUGGAACUCGCAUCAACUGGGUAAUGUUCCACGAGACGCUAGUCAACAACCAACUCCUCCUCAUAUUGGUAAUCCACCGUAUCCAAUGGGACCUCAACACGUACCACCGAUGCCACAACAACAGCAUCAGCAUCACCACCACCAACACCACCACCGUCAGCAACAGCAAUUUCAGCACCAUAUGCAUCCAUUGCAAUUUCAAGGUGGUGGUGGCAAUGGCGCCCCUUUUAUGCAAAAUCAGUACAAUCGUGGACACUAUAACCGUAGAGGUAAUAAACAUGGACACCAAUAUCAAAACUAUGGCCAUAAUUAUGGUAUGGGCCAAUUUGGUAAUGGAGGUAAUUAUCGUCAUCGUAAAGGAGAAGAUGCAAAUAAAUAUCAAAAUGCCAAAAUUGAAGAUUACAAAGGUCAUAUUUUGGAUUUAUGUGGUGAUCAACAUGGUUGUCGAUUUUUACAACGUGAAUUGAUUAAAGAACAGGAAGGUAUUGCAAAGGGAGAAGGUAAUAAGGCAGAUGAGUUGGAUAACAAAGAAAAAGUUGAUGAAUCAUUGGCUACCAUGGUUUUUAACGAAUUAGAUGACGACAUUGUCAAUCUAAUGCUUGAUUCAUUUGGUAACUACUUGAUACAAAAAUUGGUUGAAUGUAUUACAGAUGAACAAAGAUUGGAAUUGAUUAAAAAAUCACGUUCACAGUUCAAUCGUAUAGCUUUGGAUUCACAUGGAACUAGAGCAUUACAAAAGUUGAUUGAGUGUGUUGGAAAAACAAAGGAUGAAGCCGAUGUUAAGGGAGAUGAGUUACAAGAUGAAAGUGCUAGGCUAAUUAUUGAAAGUUUGGCACCAACUAUUGUCUCAUUAUCAAAAGAUUUGAAUGGUAAUCACGUGGUUCAGAAAUGUCUUAUCAGCUUAUCAAAUGAGACGAAUCAAGUGAUUUACGAUACAAUCAAAGACAAUUGCGAAGUGGUUGCAUGCCAUCGUCACGGAUGUUGUGUAUUACAACGAUGCUUAGAUUAUGGAAACAACCAACAAAUUGACGCAUUGUCACAUGAAAUCACGACUAAAUUGGAUAUUUUUACAGCUGACCCCUAUGGAAACUAUGUCGUGCAAUACGUCUUAACCCAUGGAGAUAGACAAAGCAUAGAUACAAUAUUUGCAUACUUGCAGUCCAAUUUUUAUCAAUUAUCAAUUCAUAAAUUCGGAUCCAAUGUACUUGAAAAAUCAUUACGAUUAAACAACACCAAACAAAGUAGUAUCCUAAUCGAUGAAUUAUUGAAAUUGUCACUGGACCAAUUCCUAAAGGUAUUGAAUGAUUCUUAUGGUAACUAUGUAUUACAAACAUGUUUAGAUGUGGCCCAAUUGGAUCAAAUGACUAAAUUGAACGAAGUUUUGGUGCCUUUGCUACCUGAUAUUAAACUGACACCACAUGGGAAACGAAUAGUGAAUAAGCUACAGUAA